CUUAGAACUAAUAGAGGACGUACACUGUUGUUAAUAGAAGACGUCGAGAAGUCAAUAUAAACGGAUUCAUUAUAUGAGUAUUUAUUCUCGGAAUGAGUUUGACCACAGUAUAAAUCGUCGAUGGAGGUUUUUAAAAGUUUACAAUCAGAAACAGUCAGCGAAUGCUCAAUACUAUUGACAAUAGAGUGUUGUGAAACAGCUGUUUUAUGAGACUGAGACACUUAGUUUUCUUAAAAAACCUACAUGAAGAGAAAGGGUUGAACUGUCUGAAUCCGGCAAUACAAAUUGGGAAAUUAUUUUUAUAUCAGGGCAUUCGGCCAGAGUCGUUCAACACCCAGCAGAUGAGCCCUUCAGAACAGGCAAACACAACAAUGUGUCCAACAGAUUCGGUCACCAUCUCUGAAAGGCAGGCUGCUAUUCAGACUACUAGAAUGAUUAGGCCAAAUCAAAGAGAAAGGACGAACAUGGCAUGUAGAAGGACAGGGCCCACCGACUCUUAUGAAAACCCCAUUUACCGAUAUGGGGCAGGUGCUAACAUGAUGGAUAUAUCUGCUAAGAAUGGGACAAUACAUGCACCUGUGCCUGGAGGUCCUCCUCCUAUAUACAGUGAAAAUGGAAGGAUAUCUGCGCUACAGGCCCCUCAUGAAAAACUAGAUAAUGAACCUCCUCCCCCAUAUACCCCAAAAGAAGGGAACUUUACUCAAAAUGGACUGAUUUGUCUGUCAGAAGAGAAUAAAUCGAGUCAAAACAUGGACCAUAAGCACAGUUAUCUAGAUUAUCAGGGUAAAACUAUUACUCAGGUGAACUCAAAGAAUACUCAUCAAAAUGAUGUUGAAAGUGACCAGAUGGGUGAAGAGUGUACGGAAGAGUGUGACACUCUCAAGGACUCAGACCGAGAAGAUAGUGGUGGUAGUUUGUUCCAUUUUCAGCCAGAGUAUGCGGGUGAUAACCUGAAGUCACAUGGUGAUGAAGAAAUUGAAGCGUGUAGACUCGUUUCCAUUGAUUUCAACAGCGUCAACGAUCUAACGAUUCUACAAGAAACAGAUCAGCAGCUUAAAGAAUGCCAUUUCUACUAUCCACGAAUGACGAGUAGAGGGGCAAAAAAGAUUCUGAAUAAGCGUGAAAAUGGAACAUUUCUUAUACGUGACAGUACAGAUAGUCAUUACCUGUAUUCCCUCAGCGUUAAAACUCCACGAGGUACAACCAGUGUUCGAUUGCUCUAUGAACGAGGUAUGUUUUCGAUUGAUUGCGACGCUCAAAUCAAAAAUGAAAUGCCAAAGUUUACGUCGGUAUUGAAACUAGUACAUUACUACAUGAAAUUGAGUGUCACCUCCAAACCAGGUAAAUGUGUUUGGUUGGAACAAUCUGGUCGAAAAAGUGAGCCUGUAAAAAUUCUGUUUCCCCUAGUUCAUGGACUACCAACUCUGAGCCACUCAUGUCGAAAGACCAUAAAUGAACAUGUUCCUGAUAAACACAUCCAAGACCUACCUCUACCAGAACAAGUGAAAAAAUAUAUUAAAGAGAAUCCCAUAACUGGGAAAUCACAUAGAAAGUAAUGUGGUAAAAAUAAAGUAGGGAAUUAUUGUUAUUUAUUCAACAAAUAUGUAGGAGUUGUUGCAACUAUCAGCUAUUCUUGAUCAAUUGAAUUGCAUUAACCAUUUUUUCUUAUUACAGUCAAACUAAUUCAGAGAUAACAUAAAUUAUGAAAUCUCAUUUUGAUGUGUUCAUAUUAAGUAUCGAUAUGAUCAGACAUGUGUUAUGUUAUGUGUCUCUGAUAUGAUGAAGUUUCUAUGUGUCUCCUAUUGAUUUGACUGUAUGUUGACCUCAAGAAUUUUAUGCUCUCAGUUCUGAUAUUGGUACACCCCCUAAAUUAUGUAUGAAUAAUAGUAUUCUAUAUUAUUUAUUUGGUACACCCCCUACAUUGUAUGAAAAAUAAUAUUCUAUAUUAUAUAUUUGCUACACCCCCUCCAUUAUGUAUGAAGAAUAAUAUGCUAUAUUAUUUAUUUAUAUUUCAAAUUCAUAUUUAAUAUAAUGUUUAGUAUAUAGACAUUGUUCUGUUAAUUAAUGUUAUUUAUGAAUGUAUUCUGGAAGUGGAGUCGUACAAAGUGCAGAUAACUUGUCAUAAUGUGAUUACAUUCUUCCUUUUUCUCUUAGUUCUAUCAAUUCAUUUAUGAUGAUGAAUCAAUCUUUUAUCAAUACUUGUACCCAUUCACACUCACACUCCUAAAGUACUUUUUCUCGAAAUAUCUAUGAAUAACGAAAUAAAACCCAGUUUAUGACACAUGCCUAAAAACCAAUUGAAAGCCUUAAACAAUUGUAAUUUGCUCCUCUUUCGAGCUACUUUGGGGCUCUGUGUUGUAAAAUGGUGACAUCACUCAAACAUAAUCAAUGUCUCUUGACUUUUGGAUUUUGUUCAAUAUUUAUUUAACUCUGCUAAAUGUACUUUUAUUGAACAUUAUUGCACAAGAGUUAAAUCACCUCACUAAGUCACACCUGGUUUUAUAUAAGGACAUCUUAGACUAUUCAAUAGUGCAAACACUGUUCUUUGUAACUUUGUUGAUUUUUAAGGCUAAUUCUCCCAAACCUUGUAAACUUUGUACAAAAAUUCUCACAAAUAUAAUUCAUUAAAUUUAUAAUAUUUUAAAUAUUUAUAUGUACUAAUUGUAUGAUAUAUGUCAAAUAUUGAUAUGAUAUACCCUCAUUCUGUAUGUACCAUUUGAAAGUACAUAAGAUUAAAGAAUGGGGUUCAGCAUUAAAGGAUCUUAAGCAAAAUUUCAAGCAUCAAGUUUUUGUUUGUUUAAUAAAUAUUGUAUAUACACUUGAUGCCACACUUAAAAUAAGAUAUAGAAAUUGCUUUGAAAAGAAACACCCAAAAGAGUGUUAAUUUAUGAUCCUUUGAAUUCAUCAAAAAUGUCUUCAAUAUUUAUUAUAUUAUAACUGUCAUAACAUAAUAUAGCUAAAUAAAUUAUAUUGGCUAAUAAAGU